CGUCAGAAGGUUGUUGUGAAGCAGGACGUGUUGUUUGCGACGGGAAGCCCGAGAUCCCGGACCGUGGUCGCGGAGGAAGAAAACCGGCGGAGGGAGCAGAGAGGGAGAGGAAGCAGAGCGGCACAGAACCAGGAGAGGAAGUAAACCGGGAGACGACACCAGCCGGGACGGGGAGCUGGGGCAUGGCGGCCGACUUCAGCGAGCUCAUGAACCCCGCGGGCUGCGAGAUUGGCAGCGGGUCCCGGGACCGGGAUUGGGAAUCAUUGCUGUUUGAGGAGCUGAAUGACUCCAGCGACAUGUUUGAAGCUUUGAAAAACAAUCCAUUUGAUAUUGACAUGGAGGUUGAUUUCAGUUUGGAAUUCACGCCCUGGGAUUACGAUCCUUGGGGACCAAUGUGCAGCUCAUCUCCAGAUAUCCCUUCCUCUUCCAGUGAUUCAAAUUGUGGACAAAUGAAGUCUGAGCCUCCAUCUCCAGCUUCAAGCUAUUCAGUGCCUUCUCCUGCAGAUUCAACACUGCAACAUGAAGAUCUGCUCUUCUCUUCAUUGCCUCAGUCCUCUCCAGUCUCAACAUGUAGUAAAAGCAGUGACUGUUCUUCCACAGCACAAGAGUUAAACGUGAAGCAUUUGCCUGAAGCAAAACCUGAUGAGUUAGUACAAGUAAAUGUUCCUUCAAAUGUAUCAAAGCAGAAGCCAAUUCAGCCAAAGCCCAUCUUCAUUCCAGCUUUGCCAGUUUCACAGCCAAGUCCAGGGCUAACUGGGAAAACCAUUAUAAUUAAACCAAUUCAAAAUGUUAUGUCCCUUCUAAAACAGAAACCAAUUAGAAUCUGUCCUGCUCCUGCUGGUCACCCUGUAGUGGUUUCUCAGCCUACGGUGGUGCAGCUUCAGCCACAAGGUGGUCUUAAUUCCCACCCGAUUAUAAAUGUGGAUGGUGGAACCAGUCCUGUGGGUGCAGUUCCGGUGAGAAUACUGACGCAUGCCAACAGCAGCAUAAUGAAUGAAAAAGCUCCAGUGACAAAAGCUCAUGUUGGGAUUAGUGCUAAGAAGCAAGAUGUAAAUGCACUAAGACGACAAGAAAGAAUGAUCAAGAAUCGUGAAUCAGCCUGUCUUUCCCGAAGAAAGAAGAAGGAAUAUCUACUGAACCUGGAGCAAAGGCUGAGAUCUGCGCUAGUUGAAAAUGCAAAGCUUAAGAACGAAAAUGGAUCUCUUCAAAAACAGCUCCAGGAGUUGAUGUCUGAGAAUCAGCAAUUAAAAGUUACUGCUCCAAGAAGAAGAGCUGCAUGUGUCAUGGCAUUGUUGGUAUUUAUGGUGCUCAGUUAUGGUCCUGCAAGCAUAUGGGAGAGAGAUUCCAGUGCACUGCAGACCACUGUCAGUUCUACCAUCCACAACAGACAUCUGUUGGGAUUUUCUGAUGAAAGUAAAGCUGGAGGUUAUCAGGAAACACUUGCUGAUGGCACGAGUUACAGAAAUGGAAUUUCAAUUUCGGAAAAGAAGGAUCUUAUGGUGGUAAAGAAGGAACCUCUUCUUUUUGUCCAACAAGCAUGUCAACCACAAGUCAAUAAGACUGAAUCACUUCGGCUUGUAGAUGAACUUCGUGGGUGGGUCCAUCGACAUGAAGUAGUCAGAGACAAGUUGAGGAAAGGAUCCAAGAUGCUUCAUAAAUUAAGGACUGUACCGAAACCUGUGGAGAAGAAGACUGAUGUAGCCCAUUAUGUAACAAGGAAGUACACAGACGUUGAUGAGAAAAACUCAGGGAGUGAAUUACAAGUUUAUUAUGCGCCAGACAAACGUUAUCCAAGCUUCUUUGAAGCCAUUCGUAGGAGAGGAGAUACAUUUUAUCUGAUAUCAUUUCGGAGGGAUCAUUUUUUGCUGCCAGCUAUCAGCCAUAACAAGACAACCAGACCAAAAAUCUCUCUUGUUCUACCAGCAAUGAACAUUGAUGAACAUUUAAUCAACGAACCCAAGGACCGUGAGGUAAUGAUGCAGAUUGAUUGUGAGGUAAUGGCCACCAGAAUCAUUCACAUCAAGACAUCAUUGAUACCUGCCUUUCUACGAGAGCACCAGGAAAACCACACAGAUACAUACCAACGGCCAGCACCAGCACCCACCCACACUGCACCCCCCAUCAUCACAGAGUCUGCCCAAGGGACUGGGUUCAAAAUUUACCAGUAGUGUGGUACUCACCUGAAAACAUUUGUACUUUAAGCCACUGCAUUGCUGGCACUGAAGGUUACUGAUUCCAAGGACACAUACAAUGCAUAUUAAAAUAAGAUUAUUGGAUAGAAUUUUUUUCUUCAAUUUGAUUUAAUCUAAACUCAUAUCAAACUAAUUUGAAUCUGACUCUGUGUGAUUCUGGCCUGUUUAAAACCUUGUUAAGAAUAGAUUUUGCUUGUGAAAUGUUGCAGCCAUGGGCUCUGAAAGAUGAAAUGCUUUGAGGGAAACCAAAAAGGUAAAAGCAAUAGGCCAAAUCAUCCUUAAUUUUUGCAAAAAAAAAAUGCCAUUGCCACAGUAAGCAUAUGUUCACUGUGAAAUUUUGAUGGACCCCAUGUGCUUUGUAAUCAAAACGGUUAUGUAAAAUGAAUGUUCAUUGCCAAUGCUCAAAACUAAAUUCAAUUGAAAUAAACCUCUAAUAAAUAAUUACUGUCUGGAUAGAUCUACUUCUCACUGAGGCCAAAAUAAAGGUCACAAGAGUGUUUUAAACUGUGAGCUGUGAAACCUAUUGCUUUUACUGAUUGGAAACUUAGCAGUGCACAGUUUUGAUCUGUUGCAUGUGUCUUGUUAAUUUUUGCUCUGUGAGUGUUUUCCUGAAGAGGUCAUCCAUCGACGCCCUUGGGCUACGCAUUUUUUUGGUGCACACCAGAACAGUACUUGGAUCAUUCAAGAAUUCUACUUAAUAAUCUGCAUAAGCUCAUCGAUGACAAGUGACAGCUCACUUCAUAUUAGUGAUGAUCAAAACAAACUGCUGAAAAAUGACUGUGCUCUAUUCACUAUUAUUUUUCCUUAACCUCAUCAAUGAGUAUAGCCCUUGGACUCUGCAGGCCUCAGCUACCUUGUCUGAUGGCUGUUGUUCAAGAACAAGUCUGUACACCAAGUACAAGCUGCUUGGCAGUUGUGGUCUAUCACAGCCAAGCCCCUUCCUGCAGAAUGUAAUAUUUCACUACCAGAAAGUCUCUUGAGUUUGUAAUCGGGUAGGGAUCGUGGUUUACUAUUUCUUACCUCUUGAGCCUAGCAGUGAUGCAGCAAUGUAGUCACUAUCCAUCACUACCUGGCUAUCACUGACCAAGAAUCAGAUCUGGGCCUUCGUGGCUCUGUAUCAUUGCAUAUCUUAGUAAAGUUAUUGUUCAUUUCAUUUUGGAUCUGGAUCAACCAUUUACAUGCCCCUUGAUGUUCAGACUCCACUGCAAUUCAGUGUUCCUUCUGCAAUCAGCAACUGAGAUAGUAAUCAUUUGUGAGAUUUUCCAGGUCACUGGAUUUUAUCAGCCACAUUGUGAUCAGGCUCCAGGGUUGCUUGAAGGAGAGUCACUGUUUGUGUGUUGUUGAAAAUGGCCAUGUUCUGAACUGUGGCCAAAACCUUAAAUCAUCAAAUCUGGCUGGUCUCAUUCCAGUGUCAGGGAACACCAGUAAUGAUAACCUGCUACCCCUGAGGUCAUACAAACUCGCAGUUUAUUUCAGAGGUGAAGACCACACCAUUUGCAAACAUCACCAGGCUUGUUCAAAUUGUAGCCUAAGGAAGAUGUUAAUUGCAACUGUGCUAAUUAGUUCAGGAUUUGUCAUUUGUUACUUCCUUACAGUUCAUGAUUGUAAAUUGUUUAAAAGAACACACUUCUGUUUUCGAUGUUCCUAUUCUCAUUAAUAUAAUUUAUUUUGAGAUGUCAGUUAUUUUUUGGUUACUUCUGGAGAGAUUGUGAAAUUGCGAACAUUUCUGUACUCCAAUAAAUUUGUUAUUUAUCUUCUCAACAUUUAUUUA